AUGGGGUACGUAGCACUCAUCGCAGGCGUGACCGGAGUGACUGGCCGAAAUUUGGCCUUGCAUCUACAGAACUGCGACAGAUGGGAUGCAGUGUAUGGCGGGUCCAGGCGGCCAUGUGGCUUGGGAGGCAAGGUGAAGGACCUGCGCAUGGACCUGGACAACAAGACAAGCCUCGUGGACACUCUCAAGGGGGCUCAGGACGUGACGCACCUCUUUUUCUGCGCGUACCGGCCCACCGAGAGUGCAGCCACGGAUGUCACCACGAACUUUGGCAUGUUCAAGAACGUCAUCGAGGCUGGUGAGGGGGCUGGCCUCAAGCUGAAGCACGUGUCCUUCCUGUCCGGCACCAAGUGGUACGGCGUGCACAUCGGCCCGGUAAAGACCCCUAGCAGGGAGGACGACCCGCGCGCAAUGUCCCCCAACUUCUACUAUGAUAUGGAGGACUACUGCAUCGCGCGCGUGACUAAGGGCGCUGACUGGACGUGGUCGUCUGUGCGGCCCAACCCGGUGUGCGGCUUCAGCACUGGCAGCGCCAUGAACCUGACCAUGACCAUCGCCGUCUACGCCAGCAUCUGCAAGGAACUCGGCCUGCCCUUCAGGUUCCCUGGCUCGCCGCAGGCAUACAAUGUGCUGCUGGAGGUUGUGGACGCAGAUUUGCUGGCGUGCAGCAUGGAGUACAUAUCCACGCAGCCCCACGCCGGCAACACAUCCUACAACGUCUCCAACGGCGAUGUCUUCCGCUGGUCCGAGGUGUGGCCCAAGCUGGCGGCUUUCUUUGAGCUGCCUCUCGCAGAGCCCCAGAAGUUCAGCAUGACCACCAUGCUGGCCUACCAUGAAUGUGUGUGGCAGAAGCUUGUGGAGAAGCACGGCCUGUCCAAGGAGGUGGCCUCAUACAAGGAUGUGGCAACCUGGGGCUUUGGGGAUUGGGUAUUCGGCCAAGAGAAGGACUGGUUCAGUGAUGUCAACAAGCUCAGGCGCACAGGCUUCCAGGAACAGAACCUGGACAGCGCAGAAAUGUUCCUGCGCCAAUUCAAGGAGCUCAGGGCAGCCAAGCUCAUCCCUUGAAGGCAAUCUAAUCGUUCAUAGAUUCACAGGAAGUAUUUGAGGGUUUCGGUGCAUGGAAGGAGAUGAGGUGUUCAAGAGAAUGGCUGUUCCAAGCUGGAGAGAACAAAUUUUGCUCAAGUCCAACCCCAGAAGUACACGUGCUGUUCAUGUGUGCUAAACAAAUGAUCCCUUUCAAUGUGUACAGAAUAAUGACUGCCCAGCAUUCAACGAGGGCAGGAUGUACCUCUUGUACAAUUCGCUAUUACCUUCUCUCUGCAGGGUGUUACUGUAUGGUGUUUGCGGAUCCUGAAUGCUUUCGAGACGAUUCCAAAAUGGGACUCCCUCAAUUCCUUUGCAGAAGUGCACUGCAUGCAUGCGCAGAAAUUUGGCAUAUCGACGAUGGUGCUUAUGGGCCUUAAUUGACCUUUAAAGGGUAUGAGUGUGCAUUACUCAAUACUCAAACAGGUGCCUUAUAGGCAAUUACUUGUAAAGAAGUCCGUGAGCAUG